AUGAACGACUCAAUGCUAAGGCACCUCAAGAUUGCUAUAGAUAAUAUUACAACAUCUAGCAACAUUCCAAUUGAUCUUCAUGGGUGGUGUCGACAGGUAGCAAUUGCAGCUAGCACCGAAUCCAUCUGGGGAGAGUUGAACCCAUUCAAAUCAGUGGAGGUACAAGACGCGUUCUGGGAGUAUGAGUCGAACUUAAGCAGGUUGCUGUUCAGCCCUUUUCCACAAGUUACCGCGUCUGUGCCACGCAAAGCGCGGGAUAAGAUUGCGAGAAAUUUCAUAAAGUAUUUCGAAAUUGGCGGCCAUUUGAUCUCUUCGGAUUUCGCCUUUGCACGUUGGAAGAUACAGAAUGACGCAGGUGCAACCAUAGAGAAUAUUGCCCGAAACGAAACUGCUUCGAGUAUCGGUAUUUUGUCUAAUACUGUUCCAUCCACGUUUUGGACAAUCUUUGAUAUAUAUUCACGUCCUGAGCUGCUGGCUGAGCUGAGAGCAGAGAUUACAGAAGUUGCAAUAAAGUCGCAACGUCAAGAAGAUGGAAUAACAGUACAUACGAUUGAUCUUGCGGAUAUAAGAAACAAGUGCAGCCUCCUAGUUUCCACAUUCCAGGAGGUUCUUCGUCUCAGGUCCUGUGCGGCGCCCACCCGAAUCGUAAGAGAGGAUAUCGAGGUGGACAGUCAAUAUUUUUUGAGGAAAGGCUCCAUUGUCCAGAUGCCAGCCUAUUUCAUGAGCCGUGAAAUUUUAACGUGGGGACCCGAUGCUGAGAGCUUCAACCCAAGGCGGUUUGUCUCUAGCAAUGGCGGCGUUAAAGAGAAUCGCCACAAAGCGCCAGGCUUCAUGGCAUUCGGAACGUCCCCCAAUAUAUGCCCUGGACGUCACUUCGCGAGUGGCGUAGUCGUAGCAACAGUGGCAAUGCUAAUGCUGAGGUUUGACAUUCAACCCGUGGCAGGCAGCUGGGAACCACCGACAAUAAACCCCAAAUCAAUAACAGCUUCCAUCCCACCACCGCGGGAGGCAUUCAUGAUAAGGUUCACUCCUAGAGAGCGUUUUGAAGGCAUGGAAUGGAGAUUCAAGGUAACCAUGGGGACAGGCAAAGUGCCGUUGAUUACUGGCUGA